AUGCAUCGCCUCACCCCCGGACCCAUCGCUGUUUUCCUGCCGCAGUCUCUCGAGUUGGCCUUCAAACCCGAUGAUGUCGCCAGCCUACCGCCACUUCGCAACCCUGAGGUGUUGGUGGGUGCCGCUGAUUUAACAGAUCUCUCCUACCUUCACGAACCAGCCGUGCUUCAUAAUCUACAUGCGCGCUUUGUCGAGCGCAACAUGAUCUACACCUACUGUGGCAUUGUGCUCGUGGCAAUCAACCCAUAUGCGGAUGUGCCACUGUACUCAACCGAGAUGAUUCAUGCCUACUCGGGCCGAGCCAUGGGCGAGCUUGACCCUCACAUCUUUGCUGUGGCUGAAGAUGCCUUCAGUUGCCUGGCUCGAGAAAACAAGAACCAGAGCAUCAUUGUCAGUGGUGAAUCUGGUGCCGGCAAGACUGUGAGCGCCAAAUUUGCCAUGCGCUACUUUGCCACGGUCGGUGGUGCCCAAGCCGAAACGCAGAUCGAACGCAAGGUCUUGGCUAGCAACCCCGUCAUGGAGAGUAUUGGUAAUGCCAAAACUACCCGCAACGAUAAUUCGAGCCGCUUCGGCAAAUACAUUGAAAUUCUCUUUGAUCAACACAACCAAAUCAUUGGCGCUGAAAUGCGCACCUACCUUUUGGAAAAAUCGCGCGUCGUGUACCAAGCCGAGACGGAGCUCAACUACCACAUUUUCUAUCAACUCUGUGCCGCUGCCAACGAACCUGAGCUGGAGGCGCUUGAACUCACUGAAGCCGACGAGUUCAUCUUUGCCAAUCAAGGCGGGGUUGGACCUCCCGAUGGCGUCGAUUACUUUGCCGACUUUGGCAAGACCAAACAAGCUCUCUCGUUGCUCGGCGUGUCGGAUCAGAUGCAACUGGAGCUUUUUUCUGUGCUGGCUGCCAUCUUGCACAUGGGCAAUAUGGAGGUUCGGCAGCGUUCGCGCCGGCGUGAAGAUGCCGACAUUCCAGAAACUGACACGCAUCUACCAGUGGCGGCGCGUUUGCUGGGCGUGGAUGAGAAGCAGCUGGCCAAGUGGAUCACCAACCGCAAGAUUCAGACCGGUCGGGAGGUGUUUAUCAAAGCCCAGACAGUGGACCAGGCACAAGGUGCCCGUGAUGCCUUGGCCAAGCACAUUUAUGCUCACAUCUUUGAUUGGGUGGUCGCGCGGAUCAAUGAGGUAUCGCACCAGACUCGUCAACGCCGUUGCAUUGGUGUUUUGGACAUUUAUGGGUUUGAAACCUUUAAAGUUAACAGCUUUGAGCAGUUCUGCAUCAAUUGGGCCAACGAGAAGCUGCAACAGCAAUUUAAUCUUCACGUCUUCAAGCUUGAACAAGAUGAAUACGUGCGCGAGGCUAUCACAUGGUCUUUCAUUGAUUUCUACGACAAUCAACCCUGCAUCGAUUUGCUCGAAGACAAGUUUGGCGUUCUAUCGCUUUUGGAUGAGGAGACCAAGCUGCCCAAGGGCAGCGAUCAAAAUUGGGCUUUGAAAAUGUAUGAUCGCUUGACCGAGCGUGAGCACUUUCGCAAGCCACGCAUGGGAAACGAGACUUUCCUUGUCAAGCACUACGCCGACUUGGUCGAAUACACUUGCAAUGGCUUCACAGAGAAGAACAAGGACACCAUUUUUGAGGAGCAUCUGAUCAUGCUUCGUGAAAGCAAGCUGGAGAUGGUGCAGGAGCUCUUUGCCGAGGGCAAGGGUCGCAAGGUCGACAUCAAGAAAAUGACCGUGGGCAGCCAGUUCAAGCUUUCCCUCGACUCGUUGAUGGAAACACUCAAUGCCACGGACCCCCACUACAUUCGCUGCAUCAAGCCGAACGAUGCCAAGCAAGCCUUCGCUUUUGAUACUCCACGCGUGGUGCAGCAGCUUCGAGCCUGCGGUGUUCUGGAGACCAUUCGCAUUUCAGCAGCAGGCUACCCCUCGCGUUGGUCAUAUCCAGACUUUUGUAGCCGCUAUGCACUGCUGCAGUCUGGCCCACCCGUCUCCACAGAACCACGCGAGCAGUGCAAGUCCAUUCUUGAGCCCUUGAUCGAGGAUACGGACAAGUAUCAGUUUGGCAAAACAAAGCUGUUUUUCCGUGCAGGACAGGUGGCUUACCUCGAGAAGCUGCGCUCGGAGAAGAUGCGACGUGCCAUGAUUCUGAUCCAGAGCACCAUUCGAGGCUUUUUGCAACGGCGACGAUACCAGCGCGUGCGCACGGCGGCCGUUGCGCUGCAAGCCUUUGGGCGUGGUCUGCUGGCUCGGGCUGUGGCUUUGCGGCUUCGCCAGACUGCAGCCGCUAUUACUUUGCAGCGCCAUCUUCGCGGGUGGUCGGCGCGUCAAACCUAUGCAAAAACACGGCGUGCCAUCAUUACUCUGCAGUGCUUUGCGCGGGGUCUGGCAAGUCGUCGCAUGCUCAACGAGCGUCGUCGCGACGUGAGCGCCAUUCGUAUUCAAAGCUGCUUUCGGAUGUGGUUGUGCCGCAAGGAUUUUCUCCGUCAGCGCCGAGCUGCCGUGACCCUGCAAUGUGGCUGGCGUAGUCGAACGGCGCGACGUGAAUUCUCACGUCUGCGGACCGAGGCGCGAAGCGUGGCCGGCAUCAAGGCCAAGAAUACUGGCCUGGAGAAGAAAAUUAUUGAGCUGCAGCAAACCAUGGACCGUCGCAUCAAAGAAGUUACCGACGAGCAGGUGCGUGGCCUUGACAGGGGCCAAUUGUCCCAGCUGGGCGACGUGAUUGCCAAGCUACGCGCGCAGCUUGAGACAGCCGAGGCACAGGCCUCUGAAGGCAACAAGACAUCACAGGCCGAUAUGCAACGCCUUCAGCAGCAAAACGCGGAUUUGGAAUCGGCACUUGCAGAUGCUCGUGACGCACUGGACAGGUCCAAUAACGACACUCUGCAAAACACCUCAAACUUGGAGGCACAAAUUCAAACGCUCACACAAGAGUUGGAGGCAAGCGCCGGCAAUGUUGCAGCGCAAGCCACCGAGCUGGAUGAGCUGCGGCGAGAAGCGGCUGGCUUGCGCGCCGAGCUGCAGGAAGAACGCGCAGCACAUCAGCACAAAAUUAAGGUGAGUGCAUUCAAUGUGCAGAAAAAGGUAAAGGUUCAAAUCAGCUGGCAUGCCAAGUUCACUUUUUGCGCUACGCUGCAGACAUGCAUGGAGCUCGAGGAGCGCCUCGCUCAGAGUGAGGAACAGCUCAAGGCUGCAGAGGACCAGCUGUUGUCCACGGCCCGCGUGCAGCAUGCUGGCUCGGACCUGGCUUUGGCCGGGAGUGAUGAUGAUGCCAAACCUGGAGAUCAGGGUGAAUACAUUGAGGUUGCGCCGGAUGCCUCCGAGGCAACUGGGGAGGCAGCUACUGAAGCCGAGUUGCGUGCUCAGGUGGCCCAGCUUCAAGCGGCCUUGGAAGCAAACACAGGGUCUGCCAAGCCGUCAACUGGCGAUUCAGCGGAGACUGAACAACUUCGCACAGCCCAUGCUGAGCUUUUGCAAAAAACGGAGAGCUUGGAAAAGCAGCUUGUGGAUUGGCAGGCGCAGGUUGCAGCCGCGCAGGCGCAGGUGGAUCAGCUCAAGCGCGAGAAUAAAGAGCUGCUUGUUUCGGCCGUGCCUUCUUCCAGUGCGGCACUCACCGAGGAGAACAGUGCGCAGGCUGCGGACAAGGGAGAAAACAUGCUAGAUCUGGCCAAGGCAAAAACCAAGCUGCAGGAGAGCAAUCACCAAUUGCAAGAGGAAUUAGACGCCGCUCGGCGCCAGCUGCAGGACAUGCAGGAUGAGGCAGCCUCCCUGAAGCAGAGCCUUGAGGAUAUUCAUGCUGAGAAGCAAGCCAUUCUUGAUCACAAGAACAAAUUGGAACAGGCGUUGUCCAAGAAGUUGAGCUCGUCCACCUCCGGCCCUGCGGUUGAUGGUAACUUGCUGCAAGAGGAGGUCAGGGUGCUCAUUGACGAGAACCUUGCAAUGCGCGAGCAAGUUGAGACGCUUGAGGCACGCCUUCGUGCCGUAGAAAGCGGGGCUCCUGGUACAACACGACCAACCAACGCAUCCAGCACGGUGUCAUCUGGGCCAGCACAUGGCGGUGGUGGUGCACAGGCAGCCGCGGGCAGUGCCGAUGGCGUCAAGACUCCACCGCCGGCUCCCACUCAUUUGGGCAUGCUCAAGUUUCAGGAGAAGGAUAUUCAACGCAUUGUGUCGGCUCUGGUGCUGCGCAUGCGCCCUGAAACUGCCAAAGCAGCACCGCAGGCCCACCUGCCCGCCCACCUGCUGUUUAUGUGCGUCCUGUUUGCCGACUAUCAGGUGAACGCACCCAUGCUGCAGGGUCUGUUGACCAAGACGAUGCGGGGUCUCAAGCAGGUGGUCACUCAAAAUUCUACCGACUUGCAAAUGCUCUCGUUUUGGCUGGCCAACGGCUAUCGUUUGCUGACCAACAUGAAGCAGUUUAGCGGGGACCCUCAGUUCCAGACGCGCGAUGAUCCGUCGUCCAUGAGUCUGAAGAACUUUGAUCUGAUGGAGUAUCGUCGCGUGCUGUCCGACUUACUUGUGCAGAUCUACCACACGGUGCUCAAGCAUGCGGAGCUCAAGUUGCAGCCCUUAACUGUGCCUGGUAUGCUCGAGUUUGACUCGCUGCCAGGGGCGGGUGGGGCUGUGGCUUCGAAGCGCAGUGGCCCCGCGGUCACCAUUGGCGAUAUAUUUGCGCAGUUGACGGCGGUAUAUGACGCUUUGACGGCACAAAAGGUCGAGCCACGGCUCGUGCAGAGCGUGUUUCGUCAACUGUACUAUGGCAUGAAUGCAACCAUGGUCAACACGUUGCUACUGCGUAAAGAUCUAGCCCGUUUGACCAAGGGGAUGCAAGUUCGGUACAAUAUCACCAAGAUUGAGGAGUGGGCCCGGGAGCAUCGCAUGGAGUCAAUUUGCAGUGUUCUGGCCGAGUCCGUGCAGCUGACGCAGCUGUUGCAAUGCAAGAAGACGGCGCCCGAGGACGCGCAAACAAUUUUCGAAACAUGCACCGAUUUGAACCCGCUUCAGAUUCAAAAGAUCCUGCAAAUGUACUCACCGGAGGAGUUUGAGGAACGAGUGCCUGCAAGCCUACUGCGGGCUGUGAGCGAUCGUCAACUACAAGGCCAGGGCGACGGCAAACUGCUACUGGAUACAAAGCACAUCUACCCGGUGACCUUUCCUUUUUCACCUUGCGCUCCGCGUUUCCCAAUGUUGGAGCUGCCAGCUGAAUACGGUCUGGACUUUUUAGAAAAGAUUUAG